AUGUACGCGGAUGGCCUGCUGAUUUUCACGAAAAAUCAACGAUUAAAGAAUAAGCUAGAAGAUUUAUUAUUGCAGAGGUUCAGAAUAAAGGGCUUGGGUGAGGCCACAUACUGCCUCGGUAUACGGAUCCAGCGGGAUCGACGUGGUGGCAAACUAUCGUUAGAUCAAAAAGCAUACAUUGAGGAAAUCGUUCGACGUUUUGGGUGCCGCCAUAGCCUGGAAUGUAAAGAAGCCACCGGCAGUAACUCUUUCGAUAUGCGAGACGGGGCAGAUGGCACUUUCUCGAAAUAUACAAGAAACCAUGUGGUGAGCAAUCUUCGGUUGGAGUUCGCCUACGGUGGACCGGUUACGAUGUACUGCGACAACCAAACUGCAAUCAGCAUCGCAGGCAUCGGAUCCUCUAAUCUCAGGGCGAAACACGUUAGCAUCCGAUAUCAUUCCAUUUACAAGAAUUUGGAGAACGGUGCCGUCACACUUUGCUACACGCCUAUUUCAAGCCAAUCGGAAGAUGGAUUCACCAAACCACUGGCGACACUUAACCAGCAAAAGUUUUGCCGUUUUAUACACUCAGCGAAUUGGACUCACGAAAUUCAUAACUGA